GAGAGGAGGGGGCGAAAGACAGAACUUCAGUCCUUCUUUUGGGAUCGAAAUAAUACAGUUGCACAGGAAUUGCAGGUCUGUCAAGCUCUGGUUUUUCUUUUAGAAAGUCCAUCAGACGUGUGUCAACUUUCUUUGUACGCCGUGUGGAUGAAGUUGUGUGUGGAAAACGAACGAUCUUUGAAGCAGAAGCUCCGAGAGGGGAGACGAACUCGCUGAUUUGCGCACUACACGGACUGAAAAGUUUGACUGCGUGUCGACAACUCAGCGGAGUUCCCCUAAAGAUCUUUAUGUCGAGAAUGUGUUGCGGAUGUUGAGUAGUUCAAGAGAGAGAGAGAAGUAAUCUUGCUGAGAGAAUGGCGCUGAAGGCAAGGGUGUUGUACGACUUCCACUCGGAGAACCCUGGGGAGAUCUCCAUUAGUGAGAAUGAGCUGGUGAGCUUGUUCAGCGAGGAGGAGCUGGAGGGCUGGUUGGAGGGGAAGAACAGCAGGGGGGACGUUGGCCUUAUUCCAGCCUCCUACGUGGAGAUCAUCAGGGACCACAUCACCUCCAACAAUAACAACAAUGGUUUCUCCUCAUCCAAAGUUGGGACCACAACCCAGGCCACUUACUCUCAGCGAGGACCCGAAGCGGGGAGUGUCGGCAGCGGUGGUGGGGGUAGCUUCCACACCAGCCAAGGCAGCGAUGACGACUGGGACGAUGACUGGGAUGACAAUUCUCCAGCCACGGAGGCCCCACGGGGUCUGGGCACCUCACCCCCUUCUUUGUACCCGGUGACCACCUCCCUGCCGGCUAGGCGCAGUAGCUCUCUGCAACCUCAGGCCAAGAGCUCGGCCACGGUGGGGAGGAACUUGAACAGGUUCUCCACCUUUGUCAAGUCUGGAGGAGAGGCCUUCCUUCUUGGAGAGGCAGCUGCUUUUGUCAAAGACGGGGACCGGAUCUGUGUAGUGAUGGGCAAGCAUGGACCCGAAUGGCAGGAGGACCCUUACCCCUUCACUUGCACCAUUGAUGACCCAACCAAGCAGACUAAGUUCAAAGGCAUGAAGAGCUACAUGUCCUAUGGCCUGACGCCCACUCACACCAAUGUUCAAGUCAACCGAAGAUACAAACACUUCGAUUGGCUGUACGCUCGACUGGUGGAGCGUUUCCCAGUUAUCUCGGUGCCACAUCUGCCGGAGAAGCAGGCCACUGGUCGCUUUGAGGAGGACUUCAUCUCCAAGCGAAGGAAAGGACUUAUUUGGUGGAUGAACCACAUGACCAGCCACCCGGUGUUGGCCCGCUGUGACGUUUUCCAGCAUUUCCUCACGUGUGGAGCAGAUGAAAAAGCAUGGAAACAGGGCAAAAGGAAGGCAGAGAGGGAUGAACUUGUCGGAGCUAACUUUUUCCUCACAAUCAGCACACCCACUGUCCCGCUCGACCUUCAGGAAGUGGAGAGCAAAAUCGAAGGCUUCAAGACCUUCACGAAAAAGAUGGACGAGAACAUUGUGGUUGUAAACACCACCAUCAAUGACUUUGCACGCAAGCAGAUGUCGGGAUUCAAAAAGGAGUAUCACAAAGUCGGACAGUCCUUCAAACUUCUCUCGCAGGCAUUCGAGCUGGACCAGCAGGCCUACUCAGGAGGUCUGAAUAAAGCCAUCUCUUAUACUGGUGACGCCUAUGAGGCCAUAGGGGAUUAUUUUGCAGAUCAGCCACGCCAGGAUCUUGACCCAAUUUCUGAUCUGCUGGAUCUCUACAGAGGACACCUGUCCAACUUUCCUGACAUCAUCCAUGUGCAGAAAGGUGCGCUGACCAAGGUGAAGGACUGUCCCACACAGGAAGGUGAACUCCACGACCGCUGCAACAUCAUCUCGUGCGCCACGCUGGCCGAGAUCCAGCACUUUCACCGCACGCGUGUGCGAGACUUUCGAGCACAGAUGCAGCACCACCUCCGAGAGCAGAUCGGCUUCUUCCAAAAAAUUACGUCCAAGUUGGAAGACGCACUUCAGAGGUAUGACAGCGAGCAGUAGGAUAAGAUUUUUUUUUUUACAGCAUUGAGGCUGUGAGGAGAAAUCUGGAUUGGACUGGAGAGGAGAUGAAUUACUUCUAAGAGAACAUUUCAUCACACCCAAGGGGACUUGACAUUAUACACCAUACCAAACAAAAAAGGCUAAAUGAAGAGCAACAAUGUGAGGAGGAUUCUUUUUCGAUAGCCCACUCGCAUUUGACUGCGCGGUUCAAUUUGCAAUUUUUUUUGUAUAGUGACCCCCUACCUACAUAAAUCAUUUCAACUGGAUGCUUUAAGACUGAAUCUUUGUCCUUUGAAUGGUAUACAGUAUAGUGAAAAGCACAAAAGCGCCAAUUGUAACUUACAGUGCCUUGCAAAAGUAUUCGGCCCCCUUGAACCUUGCAACCUUUCGCCACAUUUCAGGCUUCAAACAUAAAGAUAUGACAUUUAAUUUUUUUGUCAAGAAUCAACAACAAGUGGGAAACAAUCGUGAAGUGGAACAACAUUUAUUGGAUUAUUUAAAUUUUUUUAAUAAAUAAAAAUCUGAAAAGUGGGGCGUGCAAUAUUAUUCGGCCCCCUUGCGUUAAUACUUUGUAGCGCCACCUUUUGCUCCAGUAGUGUAGUGCAGAGGCCGUCAACCUUUUUGUCAUCGCGAUAAAGCUAUUUCAUGUUGCUCGCAGACGCAGAAGGUAGGUGGCACGACGCCCAAAGAUGGACCUCGAUGCGGUCCAACUGCCAAACAUGAAUGCAUUUAUUUUUAAUUGUUGCACAAGAAACUCCCGUCUUGUAUUAUUUGUAGCUCAACACGACGGCAAACGAAGCACAAAAGCCGUGACUUUUAUUAUUUCAAGGAGGAGAGCGAUAUUUAAACAUAUGGAGGAAAACACUCAGGUGACUUGAAGUUUAACACCGAGUGUCAAGACACAGCUAGGAAUGGCCACAGCCGGACUUCGUGAGGAUUUUAUGGGUGAAACACGGCAGCAUAACAAGGGUCGUGAUGCAGAAAUCACAGACAACAAGGGGUGGUCGAGGCUUUCUUUUUCAAAUAUUUGCUCUUUUAAACUUUUUUUUUUUUUGGUCUUAGUUUUUAUCGAUUAUUUAUCAUCUAAAAUAUCGGGGGAAAUGCUACAGUAACAAAGAAAAAAAAUACCGUAUUGGCCCGAAUAUAAGACGGCCCUCAUUAUAAGACGACCCCCUCUUUUUCAAGACUCGAGUUUGAAAACAGACUUUUUGAACCCCAAAUUAUUUUUUUAUACAGAAAAUAAUAACAGUACAUCUGAAACAAAUGAUUAUAACAAUUUAUUUGAUAGUUUAAGCAUGUUAUUUUGCCUCAUUCAAAUCUUAAUAUCUGAACAUUUAAAUAUGUAAACUAAAGAAAUCACAUUCGUAAAUGAAUCACUUCUGGUUUUUGAAAUGUAAAUAAACCAAUCUAUUGUGAUAAAACAACAAAAUUGCAAUAACUGAAUUAAUCAUCAAAGUGAGGUCUAACUGUAACUGUAGUCUUGAAACAAAUCUGAAUAAGGAAAAACAUUGCCAUAAAAUAAUGCAAACUGGUUCAGCUUGAGAGUAGCUGAGAUCUGUCAUGACGGAACAUUACUCAAGUUCAGCAUUCGCUUCAAUGAUAUCUGGCGCCAUCUAGCGUUGUGAAUGGGUAUAAUGUCUAGACCCCGAAUAUAAGACGACUCCCACUUUUUUCGUCUCAUUUCAAUGCAAAAAACACCGUCUUAUAUUCGGGCCAAUACGGUACAAUUAGGCGCUAGUUAUGAGGUCGAUAUCCGUGACCUAUCUACAGACACAAUUUUUUUCACUGUGACAUAAUUUGUUUAAAAGUUUCAAAUAUGCGAGUAAAUAAUUUUUUAAAGUCGUUUUCUUAAACUAAAUAUCAGAUAUCAAUUAAUGAUUCUAAGCUAAAAAUUUUGAAGAAAAAAAAUAUAAUUACUUACCUUCUUUUCAUGGUUGGCUUGAAACAAAAGUGGUUGCGCAGUGUCUGUAAAUGGGGGUCUCCAGGGUAAAACAGACAAAUUAAAAAUACCCUAAUUCGCCAUGAAACUGCUUUGGCAUAUAGACUUAUUGUUUAAUCAAGCUUAAAAUACAACAGUUUAUUUUAAACAGGGGUGCAAGAGCAGAAACUGCUUUUUCAGCCUUGUCUGUGUUAUCCGCCAUAUUCAAGUUUUGGUGAGAACAUGGUUAAGAGACACUUUUUAAGCACCCCAACAUUUGGCAAACCUAAACGGAUAUAAUAAUCUAUCUCUCUUGUGGAUUUGUACCAAGUGGUGGUCCGCGGACCGGUGGUUAGGGACCACUAGUGUAGUAGAUUCCUUCACCUGACCUAUGUGCAAACACGUGAGUUUAAAUCCCACUCAGUGAUUGUGAAUGUGACCGUGAAAGGUUGUCUGGCGACAACCAGAUAAUGGAUGGUCUGCUAUGAUUUUAAAUAUCUAACUUAGUCCUGUCAAAUGGAAAGCAGAUUUCCAUAAAACAACAGUAACAUUUUUCACAUUGUGCAGAUGCUUGCUAAUCAUUAGUCAGUGAUGACAUUUGACUUUAAUUGAUGAAACAGCAUGGUUUGGCUGCUUGUUUUAGAAAACAGAUCUGUUGUGCAUGGUUAAAGGUCACAGGAUAUCAUUUUGCUUUUACUCCCACCAGUGGGAACGGGUAGGAACACUUUAACAAAGAAUGUCUGCCUCUUUGUUUCAAAAUUUCUACUGGAACCUUCCAGUUAAACAUUCAGUACGUUCUUAAUAAAUGAUGUUAUUGUUGAUGUGUUUUACAUUCUUUUAGUUAAAUACUGUAUUGUAAUUUCAGGUUUGUUUUGACAUUCCUGGGACUGGACCAAGUGAUGUUUUUUUUAAAGGGCAAUUGUAGUGCAUGAGGUGCUUAUAUUCACUUUAUCACAAAAUGACAGUAUUUCCAUAAAUAAAUGGUUAUAAGACAUAUUUCAAUUGUGUCUCUAUCUUUAACGCACAACUUUUCUUUUCAAGUAUUAUCAUUGUUUUAUGACCAUUUUUAGCAACAGAAUAUACAAUAUGUGUAUAUUUGUUGUUAUGAUUGUGCUCCUAACUCUCCAAAGUAAAAAUCUAAAUCUGACAUUGUGUGUCCAGUGACUGAUAUGUGACACCAGCAUUGAAAGAAAGCAAGUCAAGUUACCCUUCAUUAUUUAGUCAUGCCGCUUCCUUCUCUCUGCUUCCUUUUGAUUUUUUCCAGGUUUAAUAAUAAGCCUUGCUUUCAUCUCGUUACUCAUGGUUUUCUAACAGAAUUGCUCAGAAUGUCUGGCUUCUGAGGUAGAAUUGUUUGUCUAAUUUGAAAUAUUUACAUGACCAAACAAAGAAGCCUGUAGAACCACUCAAAUAUACAAUCGUUGAUUUAUUUGUAACAAAUGAACAUUGUUUAAUAACCCUUUAGUAAAAUGUAAUAUUUUUCUAACAGGAAAAACAACACAACAACAGAACAUUGAAGAUUAUAUUCAACGAGGAUGAGGGUUAACUUUCAGUUUGUUCACAGUUUGAGGUUUUAUUAACACUACAGACAUUUUUUAAAGGAGCUCUAAUGUGCUUUAUUUACAAACAUGGAAGGUUGAUUUUUGCACUCCAAACUGUUCGUAGGCGUGAAUGUGAUUGUUUGUAUCUUUGUUACACACUUUGCAGCCUCUUUUUAGCAUGCCAAAUCAGCCUGUUUUGAAGCUUGUCUCACUAGGUAACUUUUGAACCUUUAUAAAAUAUUUUCAUUUCUGAUGAUAUGUCGACUGACAACUAGUUGAAUGACACCUCUAUUAAAUCGUGAGGGGGUCAGUAUCUCUUUCACCAGCACUAAUUAACUUUGAGUAGGGUGGCAGGAACCCUGUCACACAAAAAAACUACAAAUGUGCGGACUGCCGUACGCCAGUGUUGUUUUCAUCGACAAUGACUAAAACGAAAAUAUUUCGUUGACGAACAAUUUUUUUUCAUGACGAUGUCGAGACGAUAACAGGCUAAAAACGUAACAACAUGAAUGCCAGUUUUCGUCUGACGAGACGAGAACGAGGUGAAUAUGCGCCAUAGUUUUGUCACGUUUACACGUGCUGUAAACCCCCCACCCCCGCUCCAACUCACCAGUGUCCUCUCCAGGCUUGUUAUGAAACACACACGGUAAGAUUUGUUCUCUUAGAGAGAAUAUGCAAUGUUGCUUUAGCCUUUAAAGGACUGUGCUGAGUGAUCGUCACACACUAAAUGCACUAAAUGAAUCUUGUAGCGUUAGCAUAGCAUUCAUGUUUCUGUUAGCAUUAGGUUAUUGCUAAUGGCAAGCAUCCUGUUAAACUCUCAGACAACAUUUUUCACAUACAGUUCGUGGCGUCCACGUGGAUAUAAUUAAUUGAAAAUAAUGUACUGUUUUCCUGUUGAGUGUAGAUUUGUAGAUGCUACGAUAUGUGCUCAUCUGUCAGUGUACAUUCAAACUAGUUGGAACUUGUAAAUCUUUAUUUUUGUGAUGAAAUUUUCUAAUUUUACAGACAAAAAUAUUGAGUAUACGUCGACUAAAACCAGACGAAAUUAGUUUCCGUCAGCAAAAACUAUAAUAAGACAAACAUAUGUUGAAAUGACUAAAAUAUGACUAAUACUAAUAAGUAUUAUCGUCCAAAAGACUAGGACGAAGAUGAAAAUUAAAAAUUCAGCCAAAAACAACACUGCUUUAUGGAAUACGUCACUUCCCCCUUUCCACAUUUAUUAUAAAGACGGAAGUCGAUGCGAACGCUUUUGCGCAAAGUCUGCAAAGAUGACAGAGCAACAAAAGAGACAAAAUGUUUUGUCUUGAGGAGGAAAAAAAAAGGGAGGCUACCAGGAUACUUGACAAUAGGC